AUAGUCAUACAGAUUUUUUUUUUUCUAACCACCUUCGUAAGAGCAAGCAGUGCACCUGUCACGCCACAGGAGUUUGUACAAGUCCCUUGUCACAGGUACACAGAUAAUCUAGGAACAAGGCAGCUCCUAAACACACAGCAAGCUCCUUACAGGUGUCCAAGAGAGUGACGCUAUUUCUCCUGAACAGUUGCCUUUUCCCAAGUUCUUUAUCCAACAGUGUGCUUCGGUUGAUUGGGCAGAUAUGACUAUUAAAUAGUACACAGAAGUUGUCCAAAGAAGCUCCUAGAGAGCUGUAAAGGCAUUCAUUUAUUUAUGGAAGAGUCGCUGUGAAUGAAGUGCUGCAUCAGAUAUAAAGGAAACAUGGACUGUGUAAAGAAAAAAAGGUUCAUGUUCUGCGUGAUGUUUUUUGUGUCAGUUCUUACAUUCUCAGUUUUAUACAGAUUGCAGGUUCGCAUUGGAUUCUUAAUGUUCUCUACGAAACUAACACCUCUAUCUCUCAUGUGCCUUAAUGAGAAUAAGCAACAAGACACACAAAACAAGGACACUUCUAAUACAGACAGUGAGAGUUCUACAAAAUGUGACAUUAACGGAAUUUGGACUAUUAAACCUGAUGGAAGAUUAGGUAAUCAGAUGGGCGAGUAUGCAACCUUGUAUGCCUUAGCCAAAGCAAAUGGACGCCAACCUUUCAUCCUUCCAGAAAUGCACUCCUAUUUAGCACCUAUCUUCAAAAUCACGUUGCCUGUCUUACAUCAAGAUGCUGUUAACCUUAUUUCAUUCAAAGAAUACUGGAUACACGACUGGAUGUCGGAGGAGUAUAAGCAUGUUGAUGAAACUUUUCUGAAGUUUACUGGGUAUCCCUGUUCAUGGACCUUCUACCAUCACCUUCGUGAUGAUAUCCGUAGAGAAUUCACCAUCCAUGACCAUCUUAAGAAAGAAGCCAAUCAAGUGCUACGCGGAAUGAAAGGUUCACGGACGGAUGUUACCUAUAUCGGAGUUCACGUUCGCAGAGGUGACUAUGUCAGUGUUAUGCCCAACGUAUGGAAAGGAGUGAUUGCAGACAGAGGAUAUUUGGAAAAGGCCAUGGGUUACUUCCGAAAAAAGUACAAGAAGCCUAUCUUUGUGGUGACAAGCAAUGGGAUGGAUUGGUGCAAAGAUAACAUUGACAACUCAAGGGGAGAUGUUUAUUUCUCAGGUGAUGGCAAUGAAUCAACUCCUGGGAAAGAUUUUGCACUCCUUGUGAGUUGUAACCACACAAUAAUGACUAUUGGGACCUUUGGCUACUGGGCAAGUUAUCUUGUAGGAGGAGAAGCUAUUUACCUCACUAAUUUCACUUUACCGGAUUCAGAAUUUCUAAAACUUUUUCAUUAUGAUGCUGCCUUUCUACCUGAGUGGAUUGGGAUUGCUGCUGAUCUUUCCCCACUCUUACAUUAAUAAAACUAGCCUUUCAAGAGUUCCAUACAACAAGGGUUUCUUUACAUCAAGACCUCGACAAAACAAAAAUGCUAUCUCCUACAGAAAAGUGGACUAACAGGUUAAAAGAUCAGUCAAAUAGGUUUUCAUAUCAUAACACCAUUGUUUGUUGUGAUAACUUGAAUAUUUAUUAACUUUUUGUGUCUUUUGGCAGCUUACUUGUUUAGCUCACGGUGUCCUAUGAAGUUGCUUUCCAUCUAUAUUGACUUAUUCAUCCUUAAAGGACAUUUCUUGCAAACGUGAUGUACUUUUCUGGUUAAAAGAUUUAUUGGAAAGGUUGUUUUUUUAACUAAACAAUUUUAAUAAAUUUUUUUUAAAAAUUAGCAAUUUUACAUAUGUC